UCCAUUUAUAUAUUUACUGUUUAUAUGCCUAAGAGACUGGACUUUGGAAAUUGGAUUUUAGAGAUAUUUCUUAAGACUAAAAUCUCUAUAGAAUGUGAUCCUUGAAUAAUUGCAAAUAAUUUUUAACAAAGUUUAUAUGUUUGUUCAGUAAUAAUUAUAAGGAUAUCAGAUUUAAAUCAUAUGUCUAAUUUUUUUUAUGUGUGAAGUUUCCUCUUUUGAAAGUUCAUUAACUUUUUGUUUUUAUAACUUCAUCGAAAUUUAAAUUGUAAGAAACAACUUGUUAAUGUCCCAAUUUGUAUGUGUAUAAUUACCUGAAUUUUAUUUGUACAUAAAAGUUUAAGAAUGUUGAGACUCUGCAAAUUUUCUAAUUCGGAGAAGACAAUUAUUAAAUUUAUAAAGGAGAAUUAUUCAAGUUCGGCAAACUCUCGAUAUGUACGUGACAAAACUUAUCAGUUUUUGCAGCAUAGUAAGGUGCCAACAAUGCACUUCCAAAAGUCUAUGCCUCGGCUUCCUAUACCAGAUUUAUCCAAAACUGGAGAAAGAUAUUUAAAGGCGUUAAAACCGUUGUUAAGUUCUACACAGUAUGCUGAUGCUGAGAAAAGAACUAAUAAUUUUAUUCUUAAAGAAGGUAAAGAACUGCAAGCAAAAUUAAUUACUAAAGAUAAAGUAAACAAACAUACUAGUUACAUAUCUGACUAUUGGUUUGACCUUUACUUGCGAGAUCGUGUUCCAUUGCCCAUAAAUUACAAUCCUUUACUAGUUUUUCAAAAUGAUUCAAGACCAGCAUAUAAUGAUCAAUUAGUCCGUGCAACAAAUUUUCUGGUGACAGCAUCAAGAUUUAUGUUAUCCUUAAGGGCAUCAAUUCUUGAACCAGAAGUAUUUCAUAUGCAACCAAAGAAGAGUGAUACACAACUUUUCCGAACAGUAACUGGAUUAUUACCCAGUAGCUUGUCUUGGUAUGGUGCUUAUUUAUUUAAAGCAUUUCCAUUAGAUAUGAGUCAAUUUCCAGGACUAUUUAAUGCUACCAGAAUACCUCAAAUUGACAAAGAUAGAAUUUUCCGAGACCCCUCUAGUAAGCAUGUUGUGGUGCAAAGAAAAGGAAAUUUUUAUGUUUUUGAUGUCUUGGAUAGUAAUGGUAAUCUACUUUUGCCAGAAGAAUUACUUGGCAACAUGGCAAAAAUUAUAAGUGAUGACAAACCAAGUGCCGAUUUUCCCCUGGGUAUUUUAACUUCCCAGGAUCGAAAUGCCUGGGCUAAGCAACGGCAACACUUAGAAGAGAUUGGUAAUGCCGAAGCAUUAAAAAAGAUUGACUCCGCUAUUUUUAACCUUGUAUUGGAUGAAGAUAGUAUCCACGAGGAUAAGCACAAAAUUUUGAGGCAAUAUCUACAUAGUGAUGGAAAUAAUAGGUGGUUUGACAAGUCAUUCAGCCUAAUUGUAACUAAAGAUGGCGUGUCGGGUAUCAAUUUUGAGCAUUCGUGGGGUGAUGGUGUCGGUGUAUUGAGAUUCUUCCAGGACACCUACAAAGAGAUAACUAAUAACCCAUUCAUUCAUCCUGAGAGUACGCCUUCUGAUAAUCACAUUACGGUUGAAAAAUUAAGCUUUAAAAUAGAUGACAAAAUAAAAGAAUGUGUACGAAAUGCUCAAAUGGAGUACAAAAAAUGGUGCGACUCUUUAAGCAUUGACUACAUAUUGUAUGAGGAUCUCAAUAGAGAAGAUUGCAAAAAGUUCAAAGUCAGCGCGGAUUGCAUUAUGCAAAUAGGAUUUCAGGCUGCCUAUCACCUGUUAUAUGGAAAAUAUGUGGGUACUUACGAAUCGUGCAGUACAUCUGCUUUUAAGCACGGAAGGACCGAGACAAUGCGGCCCUGUACCGAAAAAACAAAGGCGUUCUGCGACCAACUACACUCAAACAAUUACUCAAAAGACAGCCUCCGAACACUAAUGACCGAGUGUUCCUCGUACCACAGUGAACUUGUGAAGGAAGCAGCUAUGGGACAGGGUUUCGAUAGACAUCUAUUCGCCCUACGGAAAAUGGCUGAAGAAAAUAACAUACAAACGGAAAUAUACGACUCAUUUGAAUAUAAGUAUUUAAAUAAAUCAAUUCUCAGCACGAGUACAUUGUCAUCACCAAAUGUUCUAGCUGGAGGAUUUGGACCUGUUACAAGAGAAGGUUUUGGUAUUGGAUACUCUGCCUUCGCUGAUAAAUUAGGAGCUGCAGUAACAAGUUAUAAAGACCACAAUGACAGCACACAAUUUGUUGAAGCUCUUCAUAAAUCCUUUGUUGAUAUCACAAAAAUUCUAUCUAGUUAAACAUUAUUUUUAAUAGUAUAUAUAUGAGCUUUAAUUUUUUUUUUAUAUGUUUAUUUUUACUAUUGUUAAUUUGAUUUAUUAAGUAUAAGAUACAAAUGAGGGUGGGAAUUUUAUAUUAAAAAAUAAUUGUAAGGAACUUGAUCACACUUAAUUUAAGGUAUGUUGAAAGUGUUAAAAUAUAUGCCAUUUAUACAACCUGUUAUUACAUCAAUGUGACCUUAAUAUUACAAGUGCACUAAAAUGUUUAAAACAAUCUGUCAUUAUUGCCGGUGCAAAAACAGACAUUGCACAAAAGCUUUGUAAAAAACACAACAAAUAUUGUAUUUGAUUUCAUAGACAUUGAUGUGAUAUUUUAAAAAUUUUAAUUUUUGUAUGAAAAUUGCCAUGAAAAAAGUAUUAAAAUGUUUCUAAAUAUUCAGUCAAAACAAUUAUCAUAGUUCAAUAUUAAAGGUAAUAAAAAACCAGGUUAAAAUUUGUACUGGUAAUAGAAUUUCUUAUUC